AUGAACUUCACAUUCUACUACUAUGACCCAUCGGCUGCUGCUGCGGCUAUCUUUCUGGUGUUAUUUGGGUUAAGCACCCUGUUGCAUUAUUAUCAACUCCUACGAACAAGAACAUGGUUCAUGAUUCCAUUUUUGAUUGGAGGAAUCCUUGAGACCAUUGGUUACGUCGGCCGCUUGCUAUCCUCACGCCAGUCACCCAAUUUCACCAAAGGCCCCUAUGUCAUUCAAAGCGCCUUGCUAUUGAUCGCACCUGCAUUCCUUGCGGCGAGCAUAUAUAUGACUCUCGGUCGGAUCAUCGCCAUGACAGAUAGCGAAAAGUGCUCGGUAAUCAAGCUUAGAUGGUUGACCAAGAUCUUCGUGACUGGAGAUGUUUUGUCUUUCUUGAUGCAAGCCUCAGGAGCGGGUCUCAUGGUUGCGAAUUCCAGCAGUCCCAGUACGGGCGAGCAUAUUAUCAUUGGCGGUCUCUUCGUGCAGAUCAUCUUCUUUGGCUUCUUCACAAUAACGGCGGUGGUGUGGCAGGCUCGCGUUGCCAAGACCCCAUCUACUCGCUCCCUCGAGCUGGAAAAUAUCUGGCCUAGGCAUAUGAAUGCCCUCUACAUUGCCAGUAUCCUCAUUCUUAUCCGGUCGGUGGUUCGUGUGGUCGAGUACAUCCAGGGUUAUAGUGGGUAUUUGAUGAAGCAUGAGGUUUUUAUCUACGUUUUUGACGCUCUGCUCAUGUUUUGUGUGAUGAUGGUUCUUCAGUACUCGCACCCGAGUGAAAUUAACUGCUUGCUGGGUCGUGGCAAAAGGUACUCGGAGAAGAUGGUCAGGACGCGCAAGUUUGUCCCUGGCUCGGCAUUUGAGCUUGGUGAAGGCCGGGUUUAG